AUGGCUGCUCGAUCGCUCCUUGCCGCUGCCCUUUUGGGCAGCGUUGCCUUCGCCGUUCCCAUCGAGGAGAGACAAUCUUGCGGAGCCGCCUGGACUCAGUGCGGUGGCAACGGUUGGACGGGCGCGACGUGCUGUGCUUCUGGCAGCAGCUGUGUCGUCACCAACGAGUGGUACAGCCAGUGCAUUCCUGGUGCUGCCGCUCCGUCUGCCACUUCGACUACCCGCGCAAGCUCCACCACUGUCGCGAGCACAUCUCGAGCCUCAUCAACCACCGCCGGCGCGACGACCACCCGCGUUACUAGCUCUGGCACCACUCCCGUCCCUACCGGCGGCGCCACUUACACCGGUAACCCUUUCGCCGGCGUCGACCUCUAUGCCAACUCGUACUACGCCUCCGAGAUCUCGACCUUGGCUAUCCCGUCUCUUACCCCGGCCCAGGCUACCGCGGCCGCAAAGGUUGCCAAGGUCCCUACCUUCAUGUGGAUGGACACUCGCGCCAAGGUUCCCUUGGUUGAUUCCACUCUCGCCGACAUCCGCAAGGCCAACCAGGCCGGCGCCAACUAUGCGGGCCAGUUCGUCGUUUACGAUCUCCCAGACCGUGACUGUGCUGCCGCCGCCUCCAACGGCGAGUACUCGAUUGCCAACGGCGGCGUUGCCAAGUACAAGGAGUACAUUGAUGCCAUUCGCACCAUGAUUCUCAAGUACUCCGACAUUCGCAUUCUUUUGGUCAUUGAGCCCGACUCCCUGGCCAACCUUGUCACCAACUUGAAUGUUGCCAAGUGCUCUGGUGCCCAGGCUGCGUACCUUGAGUGCACCAACUACGCCGUUACCCAGCUUAACCUUCCAAACGUAGCCAUGUAUCUCGACGGUGGGCAUGCCGGCUGGCUUGGCUGGCAAGCCAACCUUGGCCCUGCCGCCAACAUGUACGCAAAGGUUUACAAGGAUGCCGGGUCCCCCAAGGCUCUCCGUGGCAUCGUUACCAAUGUCGCCAACUACAAUGCCUGGAGUCUCAGCUCUCCUCCCUCUUACACUCAAGGCAACUCCAACUACGACGAGAAGCAUUACGUUGAGGCACUUGCUCCUCUUCUUAGCGCCCAAGGGUGGAACGCCCAGUUCAUUGUUGAUCAAGGCCGCUCUGGCAAGCAACCCACUGGCCAAGAGGCGUGGGGUGAUUGGUGCAAUGCUGUCGGCACCGGCUUCGGGCUGCGCCCAUCGACCAACACGGGCUCUUCGCUUGUUGACGCCUUCGUCUGGGUGAAGCCCGGUGGCGAGAGUGACGGUACCUCUGACACCAGUGCGGCUCGCUAUGACUUCAACUGUGGAAAGAAUGAUGCCCUCAAGCCCGCUCCUGAGGCCGGCACGUGGUUCCAGGCCUACUUCGUGCAGCUUCUUACCAACGCCAACCCUGCCUUUUAA